CAGGUGGCCAUGGACUGCCUGGAGGAGCUCUCCAGGCGGCAGCUGGGGGGGUGCAGGCUCUACGCCGAGAGGCUGCAGGUCCUACGCCUCCUGCUCUCAGUCGUGGCCUGCGAGGGCGACCCGCCCAUCGGGCGCCUCAGGUCACUGUGCAUCCUCCCAGUCGCCGACGGGAGGAUCGUCGCCGCAUCGGACGUCCAGGUCUGUGACAUACCCCCAGAGCUGGCUGCCUCUCUCGGCGACGUGCUGCCACUGAGCCCGCAGUUCAGCGAGCUGGUCCGAGAGGAGGCUCGGCUGGUCUUCCUCUUGGAGCAGAUGGGCAUCGAGAGCCUGGGCGGGGCGCACUUCUUCCAGGAGGUGCUGCUGCCCCGGCUGACGCGGGACGAGCCGCCCACGCCCGCGGAGCUGGUGGCCUGCACCCGCGCCCUGCGGCACCUGCUGGCCUCCUGCGGCGAGGAGGAGGAGAGGCAUCGCAUGGUCCGGCAGCUCGGCGCCGGGGCAGGCUGGUGGGCGCUGGCCACCGAGGGCGGCGAGGGGGCGGACCCGCUCCCCGUCCGCGUCGGCGCCUCGCCCAGCCCCGCCCUGCACCUGAGGGCCCUGCCGCCGCUGCUGGGGGCCGCCUACCGGGAGCGGGGGGGCCGCUGGCUCGUGCCCGCGCCGGCCUACGCAGAGGCCGACGAGGACUGGGACGGGUGCUGGCUCCAGCUCGGCGCCUGGCCGGGGCCGCGCGUCGCCGCCGCCCGCAGCGAGGCCGACGGCGGCGGCGACUGGACCAGCGAGGAGCUCGACGGGCUGCUCGGCGCCCUGCAGCGCGGCGGCGCCAGGCGGCGCCGGGAGCUCGCCGAGGAGCUGGUCCGCUUCCUGGCGCCGCACGGCCCCUUCUACGCGAGGUUCCUCUACCGACCCGCCGAGAGCGAGCUGAGCAGGGGCCCCUCCGCCGUGGGCAGGGCCCUCUGCCGCGCCAGCUGGUUCCCCACAGCCGGCGGCGAGAUUGUGCCACCGACGGCCGGUUGGUUGGCCCCCCACUUGGGAGAGACGCCCGAGCUGGCCGCGGCCGAGGCACGGUUCGUCUUCGUGGAUUCCUGCCAGGAGUUUGCGGACUCCUGGCCAGAGCUGGGCAUCGAGAGGUCGCCGUCAGGUCCCACCUUGGUGGCCAUGCUCCAGGGUGUCACUGAGGAGAGGAAGAGGAAGCGGGUGGUGGCCCACAUGGCCGUGAUGUACGCACACCUCAGCCGGCGGCGGGAGCGCAUGGGGACUGGCGUGUCCUCGUCGUUGGCGCCAUCGGCAUCUUCGGUGGAGAACUUCCUCGCCGAAGGGCGGUGGAUCUUCGUGCCCGACCACCCGCGCAGUGACAUCUUCGAGGCGUAUCUUCAGGUUUGGAACGACCCGAAGCGCCGGGUUCCAGGAGAAUUCUACCGCCCUCAGGACGUGGUCUUCGGCGACGCCACGUACCUGCUGGACUCUUUCGCCUCCGCAGUGCCCGAUAGCACAAGAGACUUCGUGCGACGAAGCAUGAAAAAGCGGGCAGUCGCGAACUACUAUUUGGGCCCGAUGACCGUGUGCUCACCAGUCCACCAGAGUCAGCUCAGCAAGUAUAGCGACCAGGUGCACAAGUUUCUGCGAAGCUGUGGAGUUCAGGAGCGUCCUGCCCUGGAUGACUAUAUCAGCGUGCUCAGGCAGAUCGACUCGCUGGACAGUAGGGACCGUGGGAAGCACCGCCAGGUCGUCCCCCGGGUCCUGGAGCACCUCUUCUCGAUCGUGAUGGCCGAGCAGGACCUGGCGGAGGAACCGGAAGCCGAGGAGGAGGAGGAGGAGGAGGAGGAGGAGGAGGAGGAGAGCAGCACGGCGGCUGCGGAGCACGACGACCAGCUGGGGCCAGGCCUGCCGCAGCCGCUGCUGCGCGUCAGCGGCAGGUUGCUGCGUGCGGCGCCGAGCCUGAGGCGCUUCCUCGAGGGUACGGCGCGCCUGCGCUGCGUGGAGACGGACUGGGGCUCGUGGGAGCCGCUGCCGCGAGUGCUCUUCACCCCGCGGGUAGCCGCGGAGUCCCAGUCGUGGCUGCCGGAGGCCCGGAGGCUCGUGGCGUCGCCCAGGGUCACGGUCACGUCCCGGCGCAGGUGGAGGCAGGGCGACGGCACCACGCGCGGGGCGCGGGCGCUGCAGAUGUGCGGGCUUCGCGACACCUGCUCGGGGCUCAUCGUGCAGCGGGCGGUGGGCCUGCCGCUGAGCGAGGCAGAGGCAGAGGCCCCAGCGGACGCGGCGCGCCAGCUGCUGGAGCUGGCCGUGGAGCUGUCUGAGGCCGAGUUGCGCGCGCUCGGGGAGGCGGCCGGCCCGGGAGGCGAGGACCUCCUGGAUUGCGUCCGCGCCGCCGUGCGGGCCGUCGCGAUCGUGCCGAUGAGCUCCAUCCAGGCUGGCGCGGUGAUCGCGGUCGGCGAGGAGCUCGCGCGGGCGGGCGCGCUCGAGCCCCUGAGCGUCGAGCCCGCGGGCGCGGUCGAGGUCCUCUCGCCCGCGCCGGCGCCGGAGGGCGCGGAGAGGCGCGUCGCGGUGGCGCGCGUGCAGGCGCCGCAGCCCGCGGCGGCCUGCGUGCGCCGCGCGCCCAGCGGCACCGCGGUCGCGGCCUGGGGCUUCGCCGGCGGGCCCCGCGAGGGCCUGUCGGCAGCGGAGGGCCUCGGCGAGCAAGCGCUCUCGCAGGCCAUCGCGUCCAGCGUCGUGGCGGAGCGCCCGUCCUACGCCAGCGUCCGAGCGAACCUCGCGGGCGUGCUCCACGGGCAGCUGCUCGAGUCUAUCGCCGUCGCGAGCGCCCGCGGGGUGCCCGAGGACGCUGACGUGGCCCCGCGGGCCGAGCUGGCGCGGCCGGGGAAUUGGGAGGAGUUCCUGGCGCGCUUCGGCAGCGCGGAGGUGCUGGAGGCGCUCCGCGAGACGGGCGACCCCGCGCUCCAGAGGGCGCUGGAGGGCGGCGGCGGCGCCCCCGAGAGCGGCAUCGACGCCGAGGAGCUGCUCAGCAGCGCCUGGCAGGCCCUGAACCCGAGCAUGCGGCGCUCCGGGCUGGCGCCCGCGUCGUGGAGCUCCCAGAGCCUCUUCCUCGCGCGGCAGCAGGCGGACGGCCCGCGGGACGGCGCCGCGCUGGAGGGCACCGCCGCGGGGGCGGGCGAGGCGGCCAGGGGCGACGCCGCGGAGCGAGCUCGCAGGGCCGAGGCCCUGCAGCACGACGGGGUCCGCUUCGAGAGCCGGUCGCCGUUCGAGGCCGCGGCCGCCCACGUCGAGGACAUCUCGGAGCCCCGCGCCGCGGCGGCGGGCGCGCCCGCCGCGCCGGGCUUCGAGGCGCGGGCCUCCUUCGAGAGCCGCCUGCUGGGCGAGGGCGGGGCGUCCGGGGCGGGCGCGGCGCAGGGCGCUCGCCCACGGGGCGUGCCCGCGGCAGCCCUGGGCGAGCUGCCGCGGCCAGUGCGGAUGGGCGUCGACGGCGUCUUCCUGCAGGGCCUGUUGCCCUCUGGCCGCGGCGCACAGGGUGUCGGCGAGCUGGGCGAGCGGGUGGCGGCCAGGGCGCUGGAGGACGCAGGUUACAAGGUGCUGAGGAUCAACGAGCCGCGGGAGCUCGGCCUCCCUUUCGACCUUCUGGCGGCUCCCCCAGGCGAGGAGUGGCCAGCCGAGCUGCGGCAGGGCCGCCCGCUGCGGCGCCAGCAGGUGGCUGCGCUCCUCCUGCGGGCGCCCCAGAGCGGCGUCAUCUUCGUAGAGGUCAAGUCCAGCUCCGCCUCCAAGGCCGCCUUCGAGGUGUCCCUGAACGAGGUGAUAGCCAUGGACAAGGUCGGGCCGCGGUACUGGAUCGCGAGGGUCACGGGGCUGAGCACAGGCUCGCCCCGAGUGGAGUUGUGGAAGCAGCUGGGGCAGGCGGUGUGCGACGGGCGGGUGCAGCUGUACAUGGAAGACCCAUGGGGCUGACCGGUGCCGCCGAGCCUGGCGCGCUGGAGCCCUCCUGCGCGCGGACCAGUGGACCCAUGGCACGAGAGCCCAGAUUCCCUGGCGCACCCGUGCAGGCGUGGAGCCGGAGGAGCCCAACCGCCCAGGGCGAAGGGGCGAGUCCGGAGCGGCAGCCGAGCCUGCACGCGGCCGCGGGGAGCGCCAGCAGCCGAGGCACGCGAGAGGCAGAGGAGGGCCGCCGCCCGCAGCUCGUGCGCUCGCUCGGCGCAGCAGGCUUUUUCUCAUGUUCUUACAGUGACCACGGCAGCGAGCCUCGGCGGUACCUGCGACGUCCACGCCGACCGCCAAGCACGCUGCCGACGUCUGCGGACCUCGCGGAGCGCUCUGGGGAUGCGGGGUGCCCCACGGGGCACCAGAUGAGCGAGAUCGCGGCCGGUUGGGCCCCCAGUGAGGGGCCGUGGCCUGCCGAGCUGCACCUGGCGCUGAGGCUGUCGGAGUGAGCGGCGGAGGACCUGGAGGCGCCGGCGUGGGGGCGCUGGUGUGACGGCACCUGUGUGGAGGGCAGGGUUCUGGCGAGGCUCCAGAGCGGUGUCGGAGAGCCGUCCGUCAGAGGCCAACCACAGUCAAUAUGCACACGCUUGCGGUCAGCUUCCGCUGGCCUGGGUUUGGACGCAGGGGCCGCGGAGGACGUACGUGUACGUGUGUCCUAGCUCGCUCAGUCCGCCGGGCCCGGCCAGGCAGAGACGCGAUGAUCCGAUCGCGCGUGCUCUCCGAGGGGCCUGCAGAAGCAGCUGCAGCUGUCUCGGAGGCGGAGGCGCCGCAGGAGCGGCGCGGCCUUCGCCGCCCACGCUGGCCCCGGGCCCCGUGCCCCGCGCGCCUGGAUCCAGGAGAGCCUGGCGCGCAUCCACGUCCGCGAGGCAGCCUCGGCAGGAGCCGCGCGGCAGACCCGGCCGCGCCGCGCCAGAGGAAAACGCGCACGCCAUUCUUUGUCUUCC